CUGAGGAACUCCACGUUUGUCAUCUUUGUGGUUGCUGGUGUGAAACUCGCAAAGGCCUGUCAAGUCACGCCCGAUCCCACCUUCGACAGUUGGGGAUCCCAGACGGCGAUGGCAACCCUAUUGAGACCCUUUAUCAACUGAUGGAGGAGGAAGAUCUCAAACCGGUCAACUGUGAAACAACUCCGGCUCUCCAGUCCAGCCCUUUGACCAAAGCCACCAAACGCCCGGCUGAAGUCUCCUCGCCAAUGAUGUCUACGCCAAACAAACAGCCAAAAAAGGGAAAUUUUUAUUGCGUUUUGUGUGGAGAGACAUUUGAAAACCACAAAGGCCUGGCCAUUCACUCACGCUAUCAUUUGCGACACUUUGGGGUGGAUGACUUACUUGGGAAGGAGUCCUCAAUUGAAGCUAUCCAGGAGUUGAUUGAGAGUGGUGUGUUGAAACCUCUUCCUAAAACUAACUCCCCAACACCAACUUCUCCAGUUCAGCCUCUGUCCCCAAUUUCAUCCAAGUUUUCCCCAAUUUCAUCCAAGUCUCCCUCAACAGCAAAAGGUGCACCAAAGGCUAAAAAAGGCUUUCGAUUUGCAGUGGAUCCAUUUUUUAGAAAACCAAAGCCAGAAAACACAGAAAGAAGUAUCUCAGAUGUACAGAUGGUUGGCAGAAACUCUCCUCUACCUGCUACAAAAAUCUUUAUUGCUGAUUCAGAAAAACCACCAACAAUCCCUUGUGAUUACUGCAGCCAGUUGUUUGACACGCGUAAAGCCCUUUCUUGUCACGUUCGUUGUCAUUUAAGGGAGCUGGGAGUCGCGUUGCCUCUUAACACUUCUCCAAUUGAACUUCUCAAAGAAAUCAUGAUUCACAACAGCCAAAUGAACUAG